CGCAGUGUGCUACACUGACUACGCACAUGCGCAGUUCCAUCUUUCCUCCGCGACUGCGUCACUUGUUCGCUGUUAGAUUGCGCGUGCGCGCUGGUUCUUUCUCUCUCGGCGGGCACAGGGAUCGGUUGUGGAGGCGGCGGCCGCGAUUCUGACCCACCAUGCAGCUGUUUCUACGAGCUCAAAACACCCACACACUUGAUGUAACUGGGGAAGAGACUGUUGGAGAACUUAAGGCCCAUGUUGAAUCAUUGGAAGGCAUCUCUUCUGUGGAUCAAGUGAUCCUGUUGGCUGGCUCUCCCUUGGAUGAUGAUGCUGUUAUUGGCCAAUGUGGUAUCAAUGAGCACACUACUCUGGAAGUAGUUGCUCGAUUGUUGGGUGGUAAGGUGCAUGGGUCCCUUGCUCGUGCUGGAAAGGUGAAGGGCCAGACGCCAAAGGUUGCAAAACAAGAAAAGAGGAAAAAAAAGACUGGCCGUGCAAAGAGACGCAUGCAGUACAAUCGCCGCUUUGUAAAUGUUGUGCCGUACUUUGGCAAGAGGAAGGGGCCAAAUUCAAACUCUUAAAUUUGUUCCUGUCAUCUCAAAAUCUUUGAUAAGAAUUGAGUAUCCUGCAGACCGGAGAGUACUGGAUUUGCUCCCAAAAUCCAGAAAGCAAAGACGAUAUUGCUCAAAUUCUAUAGUAUGAUUAAUUAAAAAAAUCUUACCACCUUA